GCGUCUGACGCCGCUAGUUCUUUUUAUUUUUUCCCCUCUUUCUCGCGUUGGAUGCUUUAUUCGAGCGGCUGCUGAUGUUUUAAACGCACCUCACACAAACUGCGACCGCGGCUCGUUUCUUUAAUUAUCCGGCCUGCUACUUCAUUAAGUUCUCGCCUUCUGAAAGCUUCCUGAGAAGAUUAAAAACUUUUGUCGCGAAGAAAAGCUGCACGUUCAGAGCUGGAGAUGGCUUCUGGAGGUUUGGGGCUCACCGAGGGCCUGAGUCAAGACAUCAGCCAGGAGGAGUUGGACUUCUCCGACCUGUUUCUCUACAAUCCACCUGGCGAUGACUUUCCUGGCUGUGAUAAAGAUGACCCCGGUGCUCUCCUUCAGAAUGACAGCCAGCCUCCUCUGCUGGUGGUCAACCAUCACGCCGCGUACAUCUCCACCUCCAGCCAUCCAGCUUCCAGCCAGGACACCUCCUCCCACAGCCCCACCACAGAAAACCUGGUGGGGGCCGUGUUCGACUCCUUGGGGUUGGCAUCACGAGCCGGCAACAUCCCUGCUCCCAGCCCCAGGAUAGAGAUCACUCCGUCGGGUGACUCUCUCAACUCUCAGCCGGUGGAUCCGAGCCCCGGCUCCAAGGCCCUGGGAGCCUACAGGGAGUGCGUCAGCCCUGCUAGUAGCAACUCCUCCACCGGCUGGCCACCAGAAGCAUACUCUCCCUCCGCCUCGCCAUGCGUCUCUCCUUCUGUCUUAGCCGGCUCUGGCGUGGGGUUGACUGCCUUGGACCUCUGCCCAGGCCUGCAGGGCAUCCACACUUCUUCUACCCACUCCUCUCCGGGAGCUUCUCCUCGAAACAGCAUCACAGAUGAGACCUUUCUCCAGCCGCAGCAUCACAACACGGCCGCGCCGCUUCCCCACCAACGUUCGCGUUCGGUCUCGCCGCAUGGGAAGCGCUCCUAUGACCAGAGCCACUCCUGUCAGGGGGGCACGCCGGUCAAGCAGCGCUCCAGGAGCCCCAGCCCUAUCCCGUCGCCCCACGAGCAGCAGCAGGGCUCCUACUACAUCCAGCAACACCAGCCCCAAGCUGAGUUUCAGCCCCAGGCUCAGGCCUCGACCUCGGGCCUGGAGGAGAUGCUGAGCAGCCUCAGCUCCAGUCUGCCCAGAACGAUGCCCUCUGCAGCGGUGAGGAGUGUUCACGGGCAGGCUCAGAGACAGGACUGUGUCUACGGAGAGGGGUACGACUGGGCCAUUGAGCAGGAGAGGAUAGGCAGGGCCGGACUCGACGUCAAACCUGAGACCUUCUACAUGCUCCCAGCUGUGUGGAAUGCUCCUCAUCCAGUCCAUCAUGGUGGACGGUCCACAUUCAGCGGUCUCUCUGUGGAUCCGCUGCCCUCUUUAGAGUGGCAUUUACCCAGUCAGUCCGGCCAGUACGAGCUGCUGAUCCAACAGCAGCCCAGAUCUCACCACAGAGCUCACUACGAGACCGAGGGCAGCCGAGGAGCCGUCAAGACGCCAAACGGAGGACAUCCAGAGGUUCAGCUCCGUGGAUACCAAGGCACAGCUCCACUGGGGCUGCAGGUCUUCAUUGGGACGGCAGACGAGAGGAUGCUGAAGCCUCACGCCUUUUACCAGGUCCACCGCAUCACCGGGAAGACCGUCACCACGCCCAGCAUGGAGAGGAUGAUCAGUGGGACUAAAGUGUUGGAGAUCCCUCUGGAGCCAAAGAACCACAUGAGAGUGGUGAUUGACUGCGUAGGGAUCCUGAAGCUGAGAAAUGCCGACAUCGAACUGAGGAACGGCGAGACGGACAUUGGACGGAAGAACACGCGUGUCCGUUUGGUGUUUCGUGUCCACAUCCCUCAACCUGGAGGAGCGCUCGUGUCUCUUCAAGUGGCUUCUCAUCCUAUCGAAUGCUCUCAGCGCUCAGCUCAGGAGCUGCCUGCUGUUGAGAGGCAGGACCGGGACCGAUGCUCCGUACAUGGCGGUCAACGGAUGGUCUUAACCGGACAGAAUUUCACAUCCGACUCCAAGGUGAUAUUCUCAGAGAAGACGCAAGAUGGGCAGCAAAUCUGGGAAGUGGAGGCCACUGUGGACAGAGACAAAACCCAAGCUAACAUGCUGUUCGUCGAGGUUCCUCCGUAUCGAGACCGAACCAUCUGCCAGCCGGCCAAAGUCAACUUCUACGUGAUCAACGGGAAGAAGAAACGCAGUCAGCCUCAGCACUUCAUCUACACGCCAGUGAAAGCCAUCAAAGCAGAGCCUCUGGAUGACUAUCAGUUGAAUUCAUACGGCUACUUAGAAAAUCAGCCUCUGACUGGCAUGUCAAUGAAGUCCCUCUACCAUCACCUGGAGCACGAGAACAACCUUCAAGCCUUGAAUGUUCCCUCUACCCUCUACCACCUAACCACCGUAGACCCCCGAGCCCACGUGUUGACCACUGACCCGCUGGACGACCAGCCGGUCUACUUCCAGUCCAGGGCUGGCGCUCUGAUCAACAGCCCGGUGCUGUACCACACCGCCAACCAGCAUUACAGCAACUGCAGUCCCGCCCUGCUCGGUGGUUCCCCAAUGGCUUCCCAUCCUGCCUCUGCUCCCAGCCAGUGUGUGAGUGCUAGGACAGCCGUUGGCAAACUGAGUGAAGGCCCUCAGGUUGGCGAUUCAUUCGAGGCUUGUUUGGUGUCAAGACAUCAGGGAUUCGUGCAGACAGGGCUGCCGCUCGGAAAGUCGCCACCCUCAAGAUAUGUUCAAGGUCAAGCCCAGGGGAAGGCUGGAAGCCGGGUGGAGCCAGUCGGGCAGCCUCUGGCCCAGAUCGGCUCCGCUAGAGGACACCACGAGGAACGAGCUCCAGAGAAGAUCACGGUCAAACAGGAGAACCUCAGCUACGCCUACCUGGAGGAUGUGAACGACAUCAUAAGAAGAGACAUGACAGGCCACAGUGGAGAGUGAUCCUGCAGCCCUACAUCCACCCUGAUGUCCAUCUCUUACAACUGUUUAAGCAGCAAGCGUUGUCUUGAGGCAUCAGGAACCAUUUAACAUAAAAUCCUGAUACAUUUGGAAGAAACUAUUUGUAAGAAUUGCUGGCAGGCAUUUUUGUCAAACAGAGACUGAUCCAAUUAUAAUCUUGUAUUAAAUUUAUGCCAGGAUUACGUCAUGUUUCUGUAGAAAGGGUGGUGGUUUACUGGGCACUUCUCUGCCAACGAUCACGCCUCAUUUCACUCCUCAACAUUUUACAUCAGCAGUGGCUCAGCUCUCCGUUAGCCUUCAUGUUAGCCGUACAUUUUAGCCUUUCAAAGAGAAUAGAACAUGCGUCUUACCUUAUACUGUGCAUUUAUUUUCUUCACUUUAACCUAUUUGACUUCUUUGUGUUCAUAUAAUUGUACAAUUGCUCUUUGUAAGCAUGUAGAAAAUAUUUUAUAUUAAAUAAAUUCUGUUUAUAUGAA